AUGGCGGCUUCACCUGUACCCCCAAUGUAUCCCCUCUUCGUCCGCAACACAAAACCCAGACUAAAAUUUACCGACGAAGAGAAAUCUGCGAUGCUGGCAAAAAACAACACUUACCUGCUGCCGCACUAUCACAAGCAGAGAACAAAAUUAAUUGCCUGGGUGGUCUCCAAUCAUUCGCCACGAAACAACAGAAAGGAGUAUGCAGAGGCGAUUGCAAAAUUUGUUCCGGUUGACGUAUACGGCAAGAAUGGAAAGCAAUUUCCACCUGGUCGGGAUGCAUUUAAAUGGCUCUCCGAGAAUUACAAAUUCUAUUUGGCUUUCGAGAAUUCCAAUUGCAGAAAUUACAUAACGGAGAAAGCCACAAUCAAUGCCUUCAAGUGCGUCCAUCUCCAUCUCCAGGAGCGGGCCGGUCUGAGUGAAAUUCUGAGGUCACACAUUUUCAGCAUGGUUCCGAUUGUCCUCGGAGCUUACAAGGAAGACUACGAUGAUGCUCUUCCACCUCACUCCUACAUCAACGUGGAUGACUUCAAGUCCAUUCGCGAGUUGGUCAGGUAUCUGCUCUACUUGGACAGAAACGACACCGCAUAUGCCGAGUACUUUGCCUGGAAGGAACAUGGACAAAUCCUCGUACGAUUUGCCGUUAUAUAG